UUCCUCCAUCUUUCCUUCACUUUCAAAUCUUAAUUUGUGUUGAAAAAUGGCAGAAGUUGCCUUCAAUAUCGCAGAACAAGUAAUAACAAAGUUGGGGUCAGUUGCUUUCCAAGAAAUUGAAUUGAUAAGUGGUGCCAAAGAUGAUCUAAAGAAGCUUGAAAAUUCUCUAACCACUAUCAAAGCUGUACUUAUAGAUGCUGAGGAGAAGCAAGAGAAGAGCCUUGCAGUAAAGAGUUGGCUGAGGAGGCUUCAAGAUAUUGUGUACGAGGCAGAUGAGUUGGUAGAUGAGGUUGCAACUAAUGACUUGCAGAGGAUGGUGCAAGCCCAAAGCCAAGGAAAAGUUGUAACACAGGUAUGCAACUUUUUUUCUUCCUCAAAUCAAAUUUGGUUUCGAUCAAAGCUGGCCCAUAGAGUUCGGGACAUUAGACAGAAGCUAAAUGAGGUAGAAAAUGAAAUUUCUAUCCUCCAUUUAAUGAAGAAAGAAAUAAUAGCAGAUGUGAGAGAUAAAAGUAGUGGAAGGGAGACAUCAUCUGUAGUGAAAUAUGAUAUAAUAGGAAGGGAAAAAGAUAAAGAAAAUAUGAUUGAGUCAUUGUUGAUUCCAACUAGUCAAGAAAAUGUUUCUGUGAGUGCAAUUGUUGGUAUUGGAGGCUUAGGAAAGACUGCACUUGCUCAGUUGGUGUAUAAUGAUGAAAAAGUUAAAAAUUACUUUGAGAAGAAGAUGUGGGUAUGUGUUUCUGAGGACUUUGAUGUAAAAUUGCUAGUUAAGAAGAUCCUUGAAUGCGCAACUGAUGAGGAAGUUCCUAACUUAGAACUAGAACAAAUGCAUAAUCGUCUUAAAGAGAAGUUAGGAGAGAAGAGGUAUUUGCUGGUCUUAGAUGAUGUAUGGAAUGAAGAUAAGGAAAAAUGGGAUGGUUUGAAAGAUUACUUGUUAGUGGGUGCCCCAGGAAGUAAAAUUUUAGUCACCACUCGUAGCACAAUAGUUACAUUAGUCAUGGGUGUGGAUUUCUCAUAUAUUUUGCAAGGUCUAACAGAGAAUGAGGCGUGGGAUUUAUUCGAAAAACUAGCGUUUGGAGAGGGGCAUGGUGCAGUCAAUCCCAACAUAAUAAAAAUUGGAAAAGAGAUGGUAAAGAAAUGUAAAGGAGUUCCACUUGCAAUAAGGAGUUUAGGAAGCCUCAUGCAUUUGAAAACUAAAGAGAGUGAGUGGUCUUCCAUUUUAGAAAGUGAAUUAUGGAGGUCAUUUCAAGAAAAUGAGGAUGUUCUUUCUGUUUUGAAGUUGAGUUACUAUCACUUGCCCACUUAUUUAAGGCAAUGUUUCACUUAUUGUGCAAUGUUUCCUAAAUAUUAUGAAUUCAAUAAAGAAACGUUGAUUCAUUUGUGGAUAGCACAAGGCUAUAUUGUUUGUUCAAGUAAGGAUGGAGAUUUAGAGGAUCUUGGAGAUCAAUACUUCAAAGAAUUAUUAUCUCGAUCAUUUUUCCAUAUGUCAGAAAAGAUGGCUCAUUAUAAAGUGCAUGAUCUUAUCCAUGAUCUAGCACAAUCAAUAGCAAAGGAUAGGUACUUUUCAGUGGAGAGAAUUUGUGAAAGAAUCCAUCAUGUGUAUUGGCCAUUUUCUUUCAAUGAAAUGGGGAGGCUGGUUGAAGUCAAGGGCAUAAGGACAUUAUUUUUUGAAGGAGUUCUUGAGCAUGUGGAAUCAGAAAAGGAUUUAAACAUGAUCUUCUCAAAUUUUGAAAAGUUACGUGCAUUGCAUUUGGGAUAUGUACAUUGUAGAGUGCCAAAUUCAAUAGCAAAAUUGAAGUAUUUGAGAUAUCUUCAAAUUUGUGGUUAUUACAUGGAAGCACUCCCAAAGUCCAUAACUAAUUUGCAAAACUUGCAAACUCUAAUACUCUCAAAGUGUAGUAAUCUUCGAGAAUUGCCGAGAAAUAUAAAAAAAUUGAUCAUCCUUAGGUGCCUCAUGAUUGAUGGAUGUUUCAAUCUAAGAUGCAUGCCAAUUGGAUUGGGGAAACUAACUUGUUUGCGCCACCUAUCAGAUUUUGUGGUGGCAUGGGAUGAAGGGGAUGAAGGCUCUCUGGGGGCUAUGCUAAAUGAAUUGAAUGGCCUAAACCAACUUAGGGGAAAGAUUGUCCUCCGAAACCUUAAAAAUGUGGAAAAUGUUGAGCUAGAGUCCAAGCAGUUGAUUUUAAGGGAAAAGAAGUGCCUCCAGUCUUUGGAGUUACGCUGGAUAAGGAAUUACACUUGGUAUGUGGCUGAGGACCCUAAUGAUAUUGUUGAAGUUGAAAAGAGUGAAUUACUAUUACAAAAGCUCGAGCCUCAUCCAAAUUUACAACACUUGACUGUGAAAACUUUCAUGGGUGUGAGAUUUUCAAGUUGGUUGUCUUCUAUCACUAAUUUGGUAGAAAUUAAGCUUCAUUAUUGUACAAAUUUGAAGCAACUUCCACCAUUGGACCAACUCCCUUCUCUAAAAAUCCUUUGUCUCAGAAGGCUUGAUUCUCUAGA